GAGAGCUCAAUGAGAAAUUGACCAGAUAUUUUUUUCCGGCGAGUUUCAGCGCCACUCGUAAACCUCUCAUCCUCAAACAAGCAACCUAUUAAACCCAUAUCUCCAUCUCUUUUUCUUUCUGGAAUCUUCAAUCGAAAUCCGCCAAUGGAGAAAUCUGUUCUUCUCCGUUCUCUCACCUGUUCCUCUUUGGUAUGCAACAGAAUCUUUUUCCGUUCGGCUCACAGGUUGUCUCGCUCUACAUUGCCGCCAUCUUCGUCGUUUGUUCCGAGGAAGUUACACCGUCUCAAUUCACUGCCUCGUCGUCAUUUGAGAUUACUUCCGGCUUAUUCGCCUUCUCGUCCGCUUCACUUCAGACAGAAGUUCUCGUCUCUGGCUCCGCGUGCUGUUGCUGCUUCCCCUCCUCACUCCCCUCCAGAGUUUGCAGAAGUGUCUGAUGAGGUUGCGGAGAAGCUUGGAUUCGAGAAGGUCUCUGAGGAAUUUAUUGGUGAGUGCAAGUCAAAAGCUGUGCUUUUUAGACAUAAGAAGACUGGUGCGGAGGUGAUGUCCGUGUCGAAUGAUGAUGAGAAUAAGGUCUUUGGAAUUGUUCUCCGUACACCACCGAAUGAUUCUACUGGAAUUCCACACAUAUUAGAACACAGUGUAUUGUGUGGAUCAAGGAAGUACCCAGUAAAGGAGCCUUUUGUUGAAUUAUUGAAAGGAAGCUUACAUACAUUCUUAAAUGCAUUUACAUAUCCUGAUAGGACAUGCUACCCAGUUGCUUCAACAAAUACAAAGGAUUUUUAUAAUCUUGUUGAUGUAUACUUGGAUGCGGUCUUCUUUCCUAAGUGCGUGGAGGACUUUAAGACGUUUCAACAAGAGGGAUGGCAUUAUGAACUAAAUGAUCCAUCAGAAGACAUAUCUUAUAAAGGGGUGGUGUUCAAUGAAAUGAAAGGAGUUUACUCCCAGCCUGACAAUAUCCUAGGACGAGUUACUCAGCAGGCUCUUUUUCCUGACAAUACAUAUGGAGUUGAUAGUGGAGGUGACCCACGAGUUAUUCCCAAGCUUACAUUUGAGGAAUUCAAGGAAUUUCACCGUAAGUUUUACCACCCAGGAAAUGCAAGGAUUUGGUUUUAUGGAGAUGAUGAUCCAGUUGAACGACUGCGUAUUCUCAAAGAGUAUCUAGACAUGUUUGAUGCUAGUCCAGCAUCCAACCAAUCUAAGAUUGAGCAACAAAGGCUAUUCUCAGAGCCGGUUAGGAUUGUUGAAAAGUAUCCUUCUGGUGAUGAAGGUGAUUUGAAGAAAAAACAUAUGGUCUGUGUUAAUUGGUUGCUUUCUGAAAAGCCCUUGGACUUGGAAACUGAGCUUACUCUUGGGUUUUUGGACCAUCUUAUGCUGGGAACUCCUGCUUCUCCACUGAGGAAAAUCUUACUGGAGAGUGGUCUAGGAGAGGCCAUUGUUGGUGGUGGGAUUGAAGAUGAGCUCUUACAACCACAGUUUAGUAUUGGAUUGAAGGGUGUUUUGGACGAUGACAUUCCAAAAGUAGAAGAAUUAAUUCUAAAUACAUUUAAGAAAUUAGCAGAGGAAGGUUUUGACAAUGAUGCCGUAGAGGCUUCCAUGAAUACCAUUGAGUUUUCCCUGCGGGAAAACAAUACUGGAUCUUUCCCUCGAGGCUUGUCACUUAUGCUUCGAUCCAUUGGUAAAUGGAUAUAUGAUAUGAAUCCAUUUGAACCAUUGAAGUAUGAAGAGCCUUUGAAGGCCUUGAAAGCCAGAAUAGCUGCGGAAGGACCCAAAGCUGUUUUUUCUCCUUUGAUAGAGAAAUUCAUCUUGAACAAUCCUCACCGAGUAACUAUUGAGAUGCAGCCUGAUCCAGAGAAAGCUUCUCGUGAUGAAGCAGCUGAAAAACAAAUCUUGCAGAAAGUUAAGGAAAGCAUGACGGAAGGAGAUCUUGCUGAACUAGCACGUGCUACACAGGAAUUACGGCUGAAGCAGGAAACACCUGAUCCACCAGAAGCUUUAAAAUGUGUCCCAUGCCUUUGCCUUGAAGAUAUUCCUAAAGAACCUAUUCGUAUUCCAUCAGAGAUUGUUAAUGUCAAUGGAGUAACCGUCUUACAACAUGAACUCUUCACAAAUGAUGUUCUUUAUUCUGAAGUUGUUUUUGAUAUGAGUUCACUGAAGCAGGAGCUUCUUCCUUUGGUACCCUUAUUUUGUCAAUCAUUGUUAGAGAUGGGCACAAAAGACUUGACUUUUGUGCAACUUAAUCAGUUAAUUGGAAGGAAAACUGGUGGGAUAUCAGUUUAUCCAUUUACAUCAUCUAUACGUGGCAAUGACAAGGCAUGUACUCAUAUGAUUGUCAGAGGCAAGGCUAUGUCAGGAUGUGCUGAAGACUUAUUCAACCUGAUGAACUGCAUUCUUCAAGAAGUACAGUUUACAGAUCAGCAACGGUUUAAACAGUUUGUAUCUCAGAGCAAAUCACGAAUGGAGAAUCGGUUAAGAGGUAGUGGUCAUGGAAUUGCUGCUGCUAGGAUGGAUGCGAAGUUGAACAGUGCUGGGUGGAUCUCUGAACAAAUGGGUGGUCUCAGUUAUCUGGAAUUUCUGCGAACUCUUGAAGAGAAAGUUGAUCAAAACUGGGCUGAAGUUUCUUCAUCACUUGAGGAAAUCCGCCAAUCCUUACUUUCAAGGAAAAAUUGCCUAGUCAACAUUACUGCUGAUGGCAAAAACCUCACAAAUUCGGAGAAGUUCAUUGGCAAAUUUCUUGAUUUGCUUCCUAAUGAACCUGUCAUUAAGAACAGCUCUUGGAAUGCUCGGCUUUCUUCAGAUAAUGAAGCCAUAUUGAUACCUACUCAGGUAAAUUACGUUGGAAAAGCAGCUAACAUUUAUGAAACUGGCUAUCAACUUAAUGGAAGUGCCUAUGUUAUUUCAAAAUAUAUUAGUAAUACUUGGCUAUGGGACCGUGUUAGAGUAAGUGGAGGUGCUUAUGGAGGGUUUUGUGAUUUUGAUACUCAUUCAGGAGUAUUCUCCUUUUUAUCUUAUCGUGACCCAAAUUUGUUAAAGACACUUGAUGUAUAUGAUGGAACUGUUGAUUUUCUACGUGAAUUGGAAUUGGAUAACGAUACUCUAGCAAAAGCCAUAAUUGGAACGAUUGGAGAUGUUGACUCAUACCAGCUUCCUGAUGCUAAAGGUUAUAGUAGCUUGUUGCGUCAUUUGUUGGGAAUUACAGAAGAGGAAAGGCAAAGGAGAAGGGAAGAGAUUUUAUCAACCAGCUUGAAGGACUUCAAGAACUUCGCCGACGCACUCGAGGCAGUCAGAAACAAAGGAGUGGUAGUUUCAGUUGCAUCUCCCGAAGAUGUCGAAGCUGCACACAACGAACGCCCUGGCUUUUUCCAAGUGAAGAAAGCCCUCUAAGAUAACCCUCCAAGCUCCCAUUGCAGCACCAUCCCCACUUCCAAAAUCUACAAACAAAGAGAAGAGAAACAAACCAAAACAGAUUUCAGAAAAGGAAAAGGUAACCAGCAUUACUGAUUCAUUUUGCAAUUCUGGUAUGGCAUGAACAAAAACAUUGAUUGUUUCAGAAAAAUUCAAUAGUUAAUAUUUGAUCUAUUGUGUACGAACAUGGGGGAUUUGAUAGUUCUUAAAUGCUGCAAGCAGUGGGGGGGAGCUGUGUUUAUUGAUAUGAUGAAGAGAAGGAAUGGUGAUGUAUUUAAUUCUUGCGUGUCUCCUCUGAUCACUUGCUUUCAGUUUUGAUCAGGUUUUGUUGCUCUCUC